AUGGAUUCUAAGAGGCCACUUUUGUUACAAUCUCCAAGAACACCAAAUGAUCAAGAAUUUCCAACAAUUCCAACUUUUCCUGAGCUACCAAAAUCAAAGUCAAGUUCAAGUAACACAGUAACAUUUUCUGGUGUGGAAAAUUACCAAGUUGAGAAAAACAACAACUCUUUAAACUCAUCAUCAUCAAGUAGAACUACUAUGUCAAUUCAUUCCAUUCAUUCAAGCAGUAGAAACAAUUCUGUGAAAGAAAUUAGUAGUUUAAGUCAUUCAGGUUCAAAGUUCAUGAGGUAUGGUUCAAAAGGUGGUUUUGAUUCAGAAGGAUUAAGCAUGUCACAAAGAGAACUUAGAGAUGAAGAUGCAAGAUUGGUUUACAUAAAUGAUCCUGAAAAAACCAAUGAGAAUUUUGAAUUCUCAGGAAAUUCGAUCCGAACUGCGAAAUACUCGAUUCUCACUUUCGUUCCGAGGAAUUUGUUUGAACAGUUUCAUAGAGUUGCUUAUGUUUAUUUUCUCAUCAUUGCUAUUCUCAAUCAACUUCCUCAACUUGCUGUUUUUGGAAGAGGUGUUUCAAUUUUACCAUUAGCUUUUGUUCUUUUUGUUACUGGUGUGAAAGAUGCUUUUGAAGAUUGGAGAAGACAUAAUUCAGAUAAAGUUGAGAAUAACAGGUUAGCAUCAGUUUUGGUUAAUGAUAGUUUCAUAGAGAAAAGUUGGAAAGAUAUUAAAGUUGGUGAAAUUGUGAAAAUCAAAACAAAUGAAACAAUUCCUUGUGACAUUGUUUUGUUAUCAACUAGUGAUCCAACUGGUGUUGCUUAUGUUCAAACUAUUAAUCUUGAUGGUGAGUCAAAUUUGAAGACUAGGUAUGCGAAACAAGAGACAGGUUCAAAGGUUCAACAGAGGUUUCAUGGUCUCAUUAAGUGUGAGAAACCUAAUAGGAAUAUAUAUGGAUUUAUGGCAAAUAUGGAAAUUGAGGGUAAGAAGUUAUCACUUGGAUCUUCUAAUAUUGUUCUUAGAGGAUGUGAGCUCAAGAAUACUAGUUGGGCGCUUGGUGUCGCGGUCUAUUGUGGCCGCGAGACUAAAGCUAUGCUCAACAGUUCUGGAGCUCCAUCGAAGAGAAGUAGGUUAGAGACGCGGAUGAAUCAAGAAAUUAUUAUGCUCUCAUUCUUUCUUGUGGCAUUGUGUACAAUUACUUCUGUUGGUGCUGCGGUUUGGUUAAGGCGCCAUAAGGAUGAGUUGAAUCUGUUGCCUUAUUAUAGGAAACUCGAUUUUUCGGAGGGGAAAGUUGAUGAUUAUAAGUACUAUGGUUGGGGAUUGGAGAUAUUUUUCACAUUUCUUAUGUCAGUUAUAGUUUAUCAGGUCAUGAUUCCUAUUGCGUUGUAUAUUUCGAUGGAGCUUGUUCGCGUUGGCCAGGCCUAUUUCAUGAUCGAAGACGAUCGAUUGUAUGAUGAAGCUAGUAAUUCAAGGUUUCAAUGCAGGGCUUUGAAUAUUAAUGAAGAUUUGGGACAAAUUAAGUAUGUGUUCUCAGAUAAAACUGGUACACUUACUGAGAAUAAGAUGGAGUUUCAAUGUGCUAGCAUUUGGGGAGUUGAUUAUAGUUCAACUAAAGGUGGCAUGGAGAGUGAACAAGGUGAAUUCUCAGUGCAAGUUGAUGGAAAGGUGUUGAAACCAAAGAUGAAGGUGAAAGUUAAUCCAGAGCUUUUGCAAUUGGCAAGAUCAAGUGGACUUGAAAAUAAAGAAGGGAAAAGAAUUUAUGAUUUCUUUCUAGCACUUGCAACCUGCAAUACUAUUGUGCCUCUUGUUGUUGACACACCUGAUCCUGAUGUCAAGUUGUUAGAUUAUCAAGGAGAAUCACCAGAUGAACAAGCAUUGGCGUAUGCCGCGGCGGCCUAUGGCUUUAUGCUUAUCGAACGAACCUCGGGUCACAUAGUCAUUGAUAUUCAUGGAGAAAGACUAAAGUUCAAUGUCUUAGGUUUACAUGAAUUUGACAGUGACAGAAAAAGAAUGUCAGUCAUAUUAGGCUACCCUGACAAUUCAUUCAAACUUUUUGUCAAAGGAGCAGACACAACAAUGUUUAAUGUGAUAGACAAAUCACACAACAUAAACUUAAUAAAAUCCACAGAAAAUCAUCUUCACUCAUAUUCCUCCCUUGGUUUAAGAACACUUGUCAUAGGAAUGAGAUCACUAAAUCAUUCAGAGUUUGAACAAUGGCACGCAGCUUAUGAAGCAGCAAGCACUGCUGUUUUUGGAAGGGCUGCAAUGUUGAAGAAAAUCUCAAACAAUGUUGAAACCAAUGUUUGCAUAUUAGGAGCUUCUGCUAUUGAAGAUAAACUUCAAAAGGGUGUUCCAGAAGCUAUUGAAUCAUUAAGGAAUGCUGAUAUUAAAGUUUGGGUGUUAACUGGUGAUAAACAAGAAACUGCUGUGUCAAUUGGUUUUUCAUCAAAGCUUUUGACAAGAAACAUGACACAAAUUGUUAUUAAUAGUAACAGUAAAGUUUCUUGUAGAAAAAGUUUGAAAGAUGCACUUGAAAGGUCUAGAAAACUUGUUGAUGAUGAUGAUGCAAGUUCAACACAAAUUGCUUUGAUUAUUGAUGGUGGAAGUCUUGUACAUAUUCUUGAUAGUGAACAUGAAGAAGAGCUAUUUCAACUUGCAAGUUUGUGUUCUGUUGUUCUUUGUUGUCGAGUGGCUCCACUGCAAAAAGCUGGUAUUGUUUCACUUGUGAAGAAUAGAACAUCUGAUAUGACACUAGCCAUUGGAGAUGGUGCUAAUGAUGUGUCAAUGAUUCAAAUGGCUGAUGUUGGAGUUGGUAUAAGUGGACAAGAGGGUAGACAAGCAGUAAUGUCAUCAGAUUUUGCAAUGGGGCAAUUUAGGUUUUUAGUUCCUCUCUUAUUGAUACAUGGUCAUUGGAAUUACCAAAGGCUUGGUUACAUGAUUCUAUACAACUUUUACAGAAAUGCUGUCCUUGUUCUUGUCCUGUUUUGGUAUGUACUCUUCACUGCCUUUACAUUAACAACAGCAAUAAAUGAAUGGAGUUCAACAUUAUACUCAAUAAUCUACAGUGCACUACCAACAAUCAUUGUUGGAAUCCUUGACAAAGAUCUUGGUAGAAGCACUCUCCUAAAAUACCCUCAACUAUAUAGUGCUGGCCAAAAAAAUGAAGCAUACAACAAGAAAUUGUUUAUAUUAACAAUGAUUGAUACAUUAUGGCAAAGUAUGGUUAUUUUUUGGUUUCCACUAUUUGCAUAUUGGAAAAGUACUAUUGAUGUGGCAAGCAUUGGUGAUCUUUGGACACUUGCAACUGUUAUUUUGGUUAAUUUGCAUUUGGCUAUGGAUGUUGUUAGAUGGUAUUGGUUGACACAUGCUGUUAUUUGGGGAUCUAUUUUUGCUACUUUUGUUUCUGUUAUGAUCAUUGAUGCUAUUCCUCAACUUCCUGGUUACUGGGCCUUCUUUCAUGUUGCAAGCACUAGAUUGUUUUGGUUAUUGUUGCUUGGAAUUGUGAUAGCAGCAUUGCUUCCACGUUUGGUUGUAAAAUUUGUUUACCAAUAUUAUUUUCCUAGUGAUAUUCAAAUUUCUAGAGAAGCUGAAAAAAUGAGACAAUAUCAGAGAAUUGUUGAAAGUGGACAAAUAGAAAUGCUUCCUGUCUCAGAUCUUCAACAUAGAUAAGAGAAGUGAUUUUGUUUAUAUUUUAUUUUUUUGUUAAUUUUGUAAAGUUGCAUAUUCUUUAGGAUACUUUUGGAGGAUUAAUUUUUGUAUGUUGCGGAUUUAAUUGUUAGCUAUCCGAAGGAUAGUUUAAUUUAUUUAUUAUUAUUAGACUUUAGAGGUUUGUUGUAUUUUUUGUGUGUGUCCAUAGCAUGAUUACAACAGAUAAUGAAGUUAGUUGAUUACAUUACAUGAUUUAUUUAUUUAUUUGAAAGUUAAUGCAAUUUGAAGUUAUGUGA